AUUUAAUAUAAUAUAGGUAUGUUUUCAUUAGUGUAUAAUCAGUGUUACCUCAUGAUGCAAGAAAAAUGCAGAUUAACUUUAUAGUGCUCAAAAGAACUCUAGUGUCAUCUCAAAGGCUCAGUGUGUAACAUUUAGCUUCACCGCUUUUCCUUCCUUGGACCACUUUUGAUAGGUACUGACCACUGCAGACCGGGAUCACCCCACAAGAGCUGCAGUUUUGGAGAUGCUCUGACCCAGCCGUCUAACCAUCACAAUCUGGCCCUGGUCAAAGUCGCUCAAAUCCUCACGCUGCCCGUUUUUCCUGCUUCUAACACAUUAACUUUGAGGACAAAAUGUUGCCAUAAUCAGUGUUAUUCACUUCACCUGCCAGUGGUCAUAAUGUUAGCCGUCGGUAAGAGAUUGAAUAAUGCAAAAACAAAUGAAAAAAAGAAGGGGAGCAUCUUAACAAGGAUAAAAACCUCACUGGCUACACAGAGCGUAGAGAUUGUGAUGUUUUUGUGACAUACAAUAUCAAAAAACUGAGCACAUCCUCUCUGCAGACACACUGAAUGUACAGUAUGUACUGUGAAAUGAAGCGACUUUCAGGUGUGUGUUACUUACUAUCUGACCGAUUACUUGGCUGGUGGAAAAGUCCCUCUAGAUCUGACCUUUGCUCAUAUAGUGGUGUAUUCAGCACUUCUGAAUACACCUCAGCAACUGCAACUGACCAGAAGACAAUGGCACUAAAAUAAUCUAUAGUGUUAUUAGCUUCCACCAUAACUCCUCUGAAUGAAGCGAAACAGGACGUUUUUUAGGCUUAAGCAGAACUUUAGCAAGCCAAAAUUAAACUUUAGUUAGACUUAGGUAUUAUCUUGUUUAUUUUGGCUUUCAGAGUGCGACAAGCUGAAUCGCCUCCAGGUCUUUGAUUGGUUGGUUUGAAUUCCCAGCUCGUGUGCUGCUGUAUUCAGACAAGAUAUUAACAGUGAGAUGAGGCAAAAGAGUUAAUGGGUACUCAGCACAAGACAUGAUGGAUAAUGUUUCGCUGAUAACAAUAUUUUUUCUUUCAGGUUUAAAUGAAACAAAGAACCACAGGUUUACUCUCUUCUGUCUCACUUUGCUGUGUUACUGUUUUAUUUUGCUGGUAAAUCUUUCUCUUAUUGUGACCAUCAUCUUGGAUAAACACCUGCAUGAACCGAUGUAUAUUCUAUUGUGCACAUUUUGUGUGAAUGGACUUUAUGGGACAACAGGUUUCUACCCCAAGUUUCUCUGGGAUCUGCUCUCUCCUGUUCAUGCUAUCUCUUAUUCUGGAUGCCUUGUUCAGGCUCUGGUUAUGUAUUCAUACGCCUGCAGUGAUCUGUCUAUUCUAGCAGUCAUGGCAUAUGACAGAUAUGUGGCUAUAUGUCGACCUCUGGAGUAUCACUCGGUCAUGUCAAAGCAGAGACUCAUUAAGUUAGUCUGUUUCUCUUGGAUAACACCUUUUUUUAUUAUAGCCACAAAUAUUUUUCUAACAUCCAGAGUGAAGUUAUGCAGCCCAUAUAUUACCAGACUUUUUUGUGUGAACUGGGUUAUUGUUAAACUUGCUUGUUUCCCAGCACAAACCACCAUUAACGGCAUAGUUGCAUAUAUAACAAUAAUCAUUUAUGUCUUUCAAGGUGUUUUUAUAGUUUGGUCCUACAUGUAUCUCAUUAAAAUGUGUGUGAAUUCUUUGGACAACAGGGCAAAAUUCAUGCAAACAUGUGUGCCACAUUUAACCUCCUUACUCAUUUUUCUUGUCACUAUACUUUUCGAUGUGAUGAAUAUGCGAUUUGGAUCAAAGGAUUUACCUCAAACCUUUCAAAACUUUGUUGCAAUAGAAUUUCUGGUCAUACCUCCUCUUAUGAAUCCUUUGAUUUAUGGUUUCAAAUUGACCAAAAUUCGGAACAGAAUUCUGGGUGUUAUUACUUUUAAAAUUAAAUGAUUUUUCUCUUACAAGGUAGGGUAAGUCUAAUAUUCCUUCAAAAAUGCAUUUACUUUAAAUAUUUAUUGCACAAUUAUUAUCAAACCUUCUCUUAGUCUGCCUUUAUGCCAGAUUUUAUUAGACUGUGUGUUUUCUUUUGAAUUUGUAUUAUUAUUCUUUAUUCUUCUCCAUCUUUUAUGCAAAAACAAAUGCCAUAUUUCUUGCAUUGUAUAUGAACUCCUGUAUUCUGAAGUUUGAAUUAUAUUACAUUAACAUUUGCAUUUCUGUGUGUGAAUGUUCUUUAUUCUCAACAUUUAGGGUACUGAAAUCACGUGUUAUUCUUUACUCUGUACUCUGUAAUGGUACUGAUAAAUAUUGAUAAUUUAAAAUGUAUGCUUUCUAUUGGCUUUUUUAUUAUUUUAUUUAAUUAUAUACAUUUUGCCAACGAUCUAAGCAGUAAAGUGAUUCAUAUUGUUGAACAGUUGUUUACAUCUCAGAUCAUUUAUGCUCUAUGAUGUCACAAAAUGCACUCUGUGUGCUUCAGUGUCCCUUCACUGUUUGCUUGUAUGAAAUAAAUGGAAUGAAUCUUAAUCGCAUUAAAUGUUGUAUUUUUUAUGAACAUUUCAAUUUAUCAUAGAUUUGGAAUUAAAGAGCAAAAUGAGGCAAAACUCAUAAAUGAAAGGUGUUUUUUCAGAGCGGCAUGCAUGUGCUCCUCUGUCAACUAAAACCACACAAACUGCACUUUUGGUUUUAUUCUAGAGGCAACUAAGAACGAAUGUGUCUGCUCCAUAAAACGUGUCAUGUCACUUGUCACUGAUUAUUAACCACCGUUUUCAAUGCAAUUCAAUGUUAUAUCAUGUGGCUGAUGUAAAUUAUUUAUAAUGACUUAUACGGAGUACAAACAAUACUGUUGUGGUUGGCACACACAAUAAAUUAUGUUACUUUCUUAA